CCCCGCACCCUCCCAGUCCCGUCGCCCUCCCGCUGCUACGCUCUUUCCUCCCUUUCUCUUGUCGCUGUGCCCCCAAUGGCACAGUUUCCUUCUCUCAGUCAGAUUCUUAUUUCUUCCCCGCGCUCCUCCGUGUUGCUUUUCGAGGGCGAUCCUGAAACAUUUCCUUCCUUUACAACACUUUAUUUGUAUCGUCCCUCUUCCUUUCUUCCUUCGCCAGAAGGAAGUCUUUGUCAGGAUUCUGUGGCACAGGUGUUAGGGAAUUGAGUUUUUUAAGGCGGUCGUUUGAAGAUUUUGAGCUUUUCCUCUCUCCUAACCAGGAGUCAUAGAUGCCAAGAAGUAUGGCCCCCCUCAAGAAGCCUCGAAAUACCACAAAGUUGCCCCUGGCUUUAAACCCCUUGAAGAGCAAGGACGUGUUGGCAGUGCUGGCUGAGAGGAACCAGGCCAUAGCACCCGUUGGGGCCUGGGUGGAGCCUGCCCCGCCAGAUAGUUCAGAAGUCCCGGCAGCUACUUCAGCAUAUAUAAUUGAAGAAGAACUGAAGGAGCAGCUAAGAAAGAAACAAGAAGCUCUGAAGCGUUUUCAGAGACAAGUCAAAAGCCGAGUAAAUCAGCAAGUUCGGCUGAGAAAAAAGCAACAACUUCAGAGGUCUUAUGAAGCUGCAGAGAAAGAAGGCUCUAUAGCCAUGCACUCUUCAGAUCUUGCACACUUAACUCCUAAAAGAACAAGCGUUUUUCCAAGCAAUUUGAAUGCUGCUAUUGGAAGUGCCAGAUUGCCUCCUCCCCAGAUGCUUGAGGGUGGAAUAGAAGACAGAGAGAAUCAGUAUGAACUGUUCCAACAACAAGCCCAGGCUCUUAGUCAAAGCAUGAAAGAAGCACGUCAUCAGCUGGCAUCAUUUAAAACUGUGAAUCAGAAAGAUGCACCAGAGUUUCCAGAUGAUAUAAAGAAAAGCUUUCCCACCCAGGAGAAAGCACUUUGUAGGAAGCCAUCAUUUACCAGGAUAAAUAUAGGCAUAAGAGGAGAACUGCCCUUGGAGAUCCAUCAAGGUCUUUUAACUCCUGCAGAUUACCAGAAAUUUAUGGAUGAUCAGGAACCUGAGGAAUCUUCAUCUGUUAUGAUAGAUAAGAAAGGGAAAAAGCAUUUGUCUUGGGGGGACCAGGAGGAUCUCUUUUCUGAAGACAAAGAUAUACCUUUCAGCAGAGUUCAGAAAGUACAGUUCAAAACCCCACUAUUUGAUGUGAUGGAAGAGGAAGAAGUAAAGCAGUUACAUCAGGACGUCUUGCCGGAAGCCCAGGAUUAUCUUCCAGAAGCCCAGGGGGAUUUGACAAGUGUCCUCGAUGCUGAGUGGGAAGCCCAGCGCUGUGAGCCGAGGCUCAGUACCCGGCAUAUCGAUCUGGAAGGCCACACUGUUGAGCCCAAAGCCCAGGCCGUUAAGACAAAAGCUAAGAGUGUUACGCUGAAAGACCAGACUAUUGGAUUAGAAGAUGGGGAUAUUGCCUUGGAAGUACAAGAUUUUCCACUCCGAAAUCAGACUUUUCUACCCACAGAUCAGCACAUUCUCCCCAAAGACCAGAAUGUUCUACCCAAAUGUCAGGACCAGGAUUUUCUACCCAAAGACCAAGAUUUUCUACCCAAAGACCAGGGUGUUUUACCCAGAGACCAGUGUGUUCUCCCCAAAGACCAGAAUAUUCAACACAAAUGUCAGGACCAGGAUUUUCUACCCAGCAAUCAGAAGGUAUGCUUCAAGGAGACAUAUUGUGAUAUGAUGAGUGAGAAGAGAAAAGACUUUUCUCUGGCAAGUUAUCAGUAUCUGCCUCCUAAACUUCAGGACCAGGCCUCCAUCAGAGAUCAGAGCAAGUGUGUUAAGCAACCCUCAUGUUUCAAGAAAUGGGAGCUUGGAAGAGGAAUUGCUUCUGGAGUGUGGUUGCACAGGAACUACGGGCAGGCCUCGCAUAAUGUGACAGAUGAGAAAUGGAGAAAGGAGCUAUUUCUGGAGCGCUGUGAAUGUGUCAUUCGUGACAUCCAGGAGCCAGUCUCUGCCAGAGAGCAGAGCUUAUGCUCCAUACAGCAACCAUCUGCUGAAACAGCUGAAAGAUGGCAGGAAGAUUUGCUUCUGGAUGGCCAUCAGCAUCUUGCACCCAAGCAGCAGAGAGAGGCUUCCGGCAGAAGACAGGUUGGUGAUGAGUAUCAAUCAAGAUUGAACACUGAAUUUCAAACUCCCCUGGCACUUCAGUCUGGAGUAAGUCAAGAGGAAGACAAGAAAGAGCGUCAAAAGCAAUACCUGAGGUAUAGACGACUUUUCAUGGAUAUUGAAAGAGAACAAGUGAAAGAACAACAAAGGCAAAAAGAACAUAAGAAGAAAAUUGAAAAAAUUAAGAAAAAGAAAGAGCAGCAACGUUAUGCUGAAGAACAGAGGAUAUUAAGAAUGAAAUCCCAUGAAGAACCAUGUUCAGAGGAGAAGAUGAGUGAUAUAUUAGCCCAACUACAGCUUGAGGAAAUAAAAGGAGCCAGAGAAAAACAACAGCAGAAAGAAAAAGAAUACCAAAGAUAUGUAGAAGCUUUAAGAGCCCAGAUCCAGGAGAAAAUGCGGCUAUAUAAUAUUACUUUACCUCCACUCUGCUGCUGUGGUCCUGAUUUUUGGGAUGCUCAUCCUGAUACCUGUGCCAACAAUUGUAUUUUCUAUAAAAACCACAAAGCGUAUACCCGGGCACUACAUUCAGUCAUCAAUUCCUGUGACAUCCCUGAGGGGAACUCAGAUCUUCGAGUUGCCAUUCAUAAUUUUGCUUCUGCACAUAGACGGACUUUGAAAAACCUGUAAUAAGAAUCUGAAAUCAACUGUUAGUAU